UAUUCUAAGCAAACCCCACAACCAUCACCUUCAUCAUCAUCAUCAACAUGUCCACUCCAUGAAGCCCCUCCUCUCUCUUCCUCUUUUAUUUUCACUCUAUAAAGUGGCCACUAAUCUAUAUGAUCAAACUAGUUAGGAUCAACAAAAAUAACCCACCAAGAUUAUUAUUAUUGGGUAGGAACCAAGGCUUAGUUCUCAGUUUCUCUCAUAGGAGGCUGAUUUCAUGAUGAGGAAGCCUGAUCCAUCCGUGAAGGGUAGCAAUGGAGGUAACAAUAUUAAUGUUACUAGUAAGCUUAGGAAAGGGUUGUGGUCGCCAGACGAAGAUGACAAGCUCAUCAACUAUAUGUUAAACAAUGGCCAGGGUUGUUGGAAUGAUGUAGCUAGAAACGCUGGCCUGCAGAGGUGUGGCAAGAGCUGCAGGCUUCGAUGGAUCAAUUAUCUCAGGCCUGAUCUCAAGCGAGGCGCGUUUUCGCCUCAGGAAGAAGAGCUUAUUGUCCAUUUACAUUCCAUUCUUGGCAACAGGUGGUCUCAAAUUGCGGCUCGCCUCCCUGGUCGUACAGACAAUGAAGUAAAGAACUUUUGGAAUUCAACAAUAAAGAGAAGGCUAAAGAAUUUGUCACCAAACGCUAGUGAUUCAUCGACGUCGGAGCCUAAUAAAGAUGCCAUGGCUGGGUUCAUGUCAAUGCAAGAACAAGGCAUUUUGCCUAUGUGCAUGGAUUUAUCGUCAACUUCGUCCAAUUCUGCCUUGCAACCCAUGCUCCUGAAUCAUCACAUCGGCAACUCUUUACCGAUGCUCGAGAAUGGCCUAAACGUGUUUGGGGCGACCGGAUACGUCAAUCAGACAUCAUUUGUGACACAGGUUGGGGUAAAUGCUGACAGUUUCUAUGGUGAAAAUGAGAUGUUUGGUGGUGUUGAAUAUGUCCCUCCUUUAGAAAGCAUUGGAGAAAACCUUAAAACUGAAAAUUCAUUUGAUAGGAACAUCAACAAUCCUUUCAAUAUCAUAAAUAGUAAUAACAACAACAAUAACAAAUUAGAAAACACAGCCACUGCCGCCGUUGAGAAUUUUUGGAUAGGAGAAGAGCUAGAAGUUGGAGAAUGGGACUUGGAGGUGAUUUGGCUAGAUGUUUCUUCCUUUCAUUUUCUUGAGUUCCAAAGCUGA